AUGGAUAAGUAUAGGUGUUUAGUUGCCACAAUUGUUGUAAUGCUGUUGUGUAUCGACGAUAUUCAAAGUAGUCGAAAUCCAAUCAAUCUAAUAGACAAUGGUUAUGAGACCAUAUUGAUAGCGAUUCAUGAAAGUGUGCCAGAGGAUCAUCGGAUUGUGGACAGACUAAAAGAGAUAUUUACUGAUGCAUCCGGAUUCGUGUUCCAAGGCACUUUUAAUCGCACUUAUUAUCGAAAUGUCACCAUUCUCCUACCAAAUACAUGGAGUGACGAACUAAGAGAAGCGCCAGCAACGACGGAACGAUUCGAUAUUGCUAACGUCAUAGUGGACCAACCCAAUCCAAACUAUGGGGAUAAUCCUUAUACAAAACAAACUAAAUCAUGCGGAGAGCUGGGCGACUAUAUCCACCUGACAGAACGUUGGUUAGUGGACGAGGAUUAUAGUUGGUACUACUGGGGAAAUCCAGGUAAAGUAAUUGGACACGAAUGGGCCCAUCUAAGAUGGGGUGUUUUUGACGAAUAUCCCACAGAAGAAUAUGAACAUUUCUAUUAUGAUGAGAAUGGUCACGUGCAACCGAGUAGGUGUUCAGAAGCAGUCACAGGUGUAUCGCUAGACAUUUAUGACGGAUACAAAGAAUGCAACAAGGAUCCAUCAAGUGGAGUCUUACCAGAUUCAGGAUGUAGAUUUUUUCCCAAGUUAGAAAACAACGAAGCUACGGGCUCAUAUAUGUAUGCAAAUUACCUUGAUUCGGUGUUCACGUAUUGUCAUAGCAGCGAUGAUUUGGAUCAAAUGGCACGGCACAACAGACUUGCUCGAAAUAAGCAAAAUAAACAAUGUUGCUAUGACAGUGCUUGGGAUGUGAUGCUUGAUUCAGAUGACUUUGCAAAGGAAGCCAAUCCCCCACGAGAUAUAUUACCCGAUACAUUCAUUCUUGUUGUACAAGAAGUGGAGUUACGAAUUGUAUUGGUACUGGAUGUAUCUGGAAGCAUGGACGAUAACAAUCGACUUGACCUCCUGUUACAAGCGUCUACACGUUAUAUUGGCUAUACAGUUCCCAAUGCUACCUGGAUUGGAAUUGUGGAAUUCAGCAAUGAUGCAACAAUACUAUCCGAAUUGGUGCAGAUCGUUGGAGUAGAAACAAGAAAAGAGUUGAUCGAGGAACUACCAGAUGACGCCAAAGGUGCCACAAGCAUCGGGAGUGGUUUGUUAGCUGGUUUAUCCGUGCUAGAAAGAGGACCGGGUGGCGCUGCUGGCGGAAUAAUAUUUCUUAUAUCUGACGGAGAAGAAAACACACCGCCUUACAUGAAGGACGUAGUAGACUUAUUGGUUCAAGAAGAAGUAGUUGUGGACACAUUGGCUUUAAGUGACGAAGCUGAUGAGGGUUUAGCGAAGUUGUCUGAUGCUACUGGGGGUACAGCUUAUUGGUAUUCAGAGAGUGAUGAAUCAACUGCGUUACACGAUGCAUUCACAGAUACAAUUACUAGUCGUACUAGUACCAGUACUGAUACACCAGUACAGUUAGCAAGUUAUAAGACUGAUGUCGAAGGCAGAGAUGGUAUAUUUAAAGAAGAAAUAUACAUCGACCAAUCUAUAGGCAGACAUACUAUUUUCUUUAUAUUCUGGGAGUUCGGUUCUGAUCCUGUUGAAGUUGUUGUCCGUGAUCCCAGUGGAAAUAUUAUUGACAACCAGUCUGGCACGUAUGUUCAAAACGAUGACACAAACACCAUUAUAAUACAAAUUGAAGGCAUAGCACAGGUGUUGACUGAAGAUCCAGUUCCGUUCAGAGAGUUUGGGCGUGUCACAUCUGGAGGGUUGUUCCAGGUUGACAGUGGAGUGUACAUUCCAGGAGAUGAUGAAGACUUAAUCCCUCCAGAAUGA